GGGGGGAGGGACCUGCACUGCCUCUCAUUAAAGACAGUUGCUAAAAAGGAGCUGAAGACAUCCAGCAUCCAGCACACCGAGACGCACGGAUGAAAAAAGCGGCAGGAGUGUGUGUGUGUAUGUGUGUGUGAGUGAGCGUCUGUCUGUGUGAAUAAAGAAACAGAAACAAUUGGGUGUUAACAGUGUGAGCGGGAGGCUGAGCCCAGAGCAGAGGACACGGGAGCGCAGCGAAAGAGGAGGGUGAGAAAGAGUCAAAGAGAGACAGAGGAGAGAUCAUCAGAGCGUGGAACAGGUUCUUUCUGGAGCCCUCUCACUCAGCCUCAGCAGACAUGCCUAACUUUGCUGGCACCUGGAAGAUGAAGAAGAGCGAGAAUUUUGAUGAACUUCUCAAAGCUCUAGGAGUGAACGCCAUGCUGAGGAAGGUGGCCGUGGCAGCGGCCUCCAACCCUCAUGUGGAGAUCCGUCAGGACGGGGAGCAGUUCUACAUCAAAACCUCCACCAGUGUGCGCACCACUGAAAUCAACUUCCACAUCGGUGAAGAGUUUGACGAGGAGACGGUGGAUGGACGGAAAUGCAAGAGCCUCGCCACCUGGGAGUCAGAGAACAAAAUUCACUGUCAGCAAACUCUGGUGGAUGGUGACGGCCCCAAGACCUUCUGGACCCGAGAGCUGAAUGGAGAUGAGCUCACACUGAUUUUUGGUGCGGAUGACGUAGUGUGCACAAGGAUUUAUGUCCGGGAGUGAAGCGCUACGACCUUCAUCAGACCGAGGCAGACGCCCAUUUGGGCCACAGCUCAUUUAAACCCAACAACACAUCAUGCUAACAUGCUAACGCAUUUGCGACGUAUCCUGUAUUAUCUCUCAGCAUCAGCCUGCUUAGUAUCCCAUAGCGAUGUCUCUGUAAUCUGGUUAUUAAUAGUGAAUAUUGUGUCAGCAGUACAGUAGCUGGGUAUCUCCAUAUCCAUACGUACAAUCCCGGUGUCGGUUGUUUAAGUAGGAGUUAGUCAUCAGUUGCAUCGAUUAAAUGUUCAUGUUCAAUGAGAACACACAAUAAAAAAUGGAAACAAA